AUGGCUUUUAGUCAGCUGCCACGUCUCUCAAACCAACCUCCUGUCUCCGUCCUCAUGUACGGCAUGGACGACUCGGGGUGGCAGUUGAAUGCCAACCUCACAGCUCUUGCACCGCAGAGCGCUGCCGCGGACUGGGUGAAGGCGCAGCUCAGUGCGGCGGGCAUCGCAAUGUUUUACCCAGUGAAGCCGUCUCCGCCGUUAAAUGUCUACAGCUUUGCCUACGACGGGACGUCCUGGACUUUCGUGAACGUAGAGACCUUCCCUGAGGGCGAGUCGUGCGAGAAUAGAUGCCUCGAGCUUGGGGGAAAUCUGAUGGUUUUCAAACCACUGGCGGGAUCUGCGGACAGGGAACUUCAAACGUUCCAGUGGCAGGGGGCAAGCUGGUCCCUGAUACCGACUGCUAAUCUCACACGCCCACCGGGUUUAGGGCUACGCUUUGCGGUCGAUGGGCAGCAGCUCGUCUUGUUCACUUACACCGUGAAGGCCUUCGCGUUUCUUGCACGUGGCAUGCCUCUGAGACAUGCUUUGGAGGUCUUGCAGGAAUCAUCACCACGGCGGAACUUUAUCUUCAUUUACGAACAAAGCGCCGGCUUCUGGGCGGAGGUCUAUCGUCAAGAGGUUGGGGAAACAGAUCGGGCGGGCUCAAACUUUGUCGACGAUGUGGAUAUUUCCAGCUCUGGCAAGGCAAUAGUGGUAGAGGUUUCAGCCGAUCUACGACGCGUCUUCCUCUUCGAGAGGGGCGCCGAUGGUAUUUGGGGACCAACCCAAACCUUGGUGCUCAACGACCCUGGAACUGUAGGGGGCACGGGUGUGGGCAUUGGUGGCACGGACGCGGUAGUGACUUAUUUUGUCCCAGAGGUUAAUGGGCAAAGGGUCAACACGACGGCCAGCGGCAUCAUCAUUGGUUGCAACUCAACUGCACCGACAACUCCGGUGCCUUCGUACAGGUACUCGUACUACCGGCGGUAUCGGCGCUUCCGACGUGCACGCUGCCCAAAGUGGUGUGCUGCAGUCCGUUGGUGGCACUGGUGGUGCAAGCGCUGCAAGAAGGCGUAG